GCGACGGAACGCGCCCGCCCGCGCGUUCGUCGACCAACUUGUGAUGUAACUAACUUUACGUGCACCACGAAAAUAGUGCAGUGUUUGUGAUAAACAAAUUUCAUAUACAAAAGUGACUGUGGAUGUUAAAGUUUCAUAGUGUAUCAAAACAAAUUAUUUACACCAAAUAUUUAACUAUACAAACAAACUGAACAGAACUCUCAAGUUCUAAGUGAAGUGCAAUAGAAAAAAAGUGAUGCGUUCAAAGUGCAAAAAGUUCAAGUUCAAAUGAUGGCUCUGCGGCAUGACGUCAUGGACCCAACGUUCCUCCCCGCGGACCCCCCGCCGGUGUCUGACAUCAAUUACCAACCUAAGGCAGACCUAGCCAGCGAAUACUUCAACACAUUCAGCCAAAUCUGCGACAGCUACCGCCCAGAAUCCGACGUCAAUCUCCGCCAGACUUCGGACUCCGUUCGGCUCUCCUCGGAGAUCCUCGACGGCCGAUCGGAGUAUUCGGACUUCGCGAAAGUGUUCAAGGAGAAUGCGCAGGAGUACGUCAACACGGACUUUAGUGAUAAAGUGUUUUUGAAGGACGAUCAUGUGUUCCAAUUCGGGCAGCCGGACGCGUCUGCACUGCUCAGGCAUAGGGCGAGGAGAAGGUACAAUGAGGAGCACGGGCUGCAGCCUCCAGCGGCUACCAGUCAAGAAAGCGGGUACGGCAGUGAUGAGUUCGGCCACGACUCCCCGAGCCGGUACGCGUCACCGAAGGGCGCCGGCGCGGGGGCGCCCUACCAGGAGCCUUACUACGCGGGCGGCGAGUGGGGCGCCGCCUACUACCAGCCGCCGCCGCCCUACCAGCACGACCCCUACGCCACGUCGCCAGGUGAGCCGCCCACACACGCAGCUAGUCACAGCGGGGCGCCCUACAGGAGCCUUACUACGCGGGCGGCGAGUGGGGCGCCGCCUACUACCAGCCGCCGCCGCCCUACCAGCACGACCCCUACGCCACGUCGCCAGGAGCCGGACUACGCGGGCGGCGAGUGGGGCGCCGCCUACUACCAGCCGCCGCCGCCCUACCAGCACGACCCCUACGCCACGUCGCCAGGUGAGCCGCCCACACACGCAGCUAGUCACAGCGGGGCGCCCUACAGGAGCCUUACUACGCGGGCGGCGAGUGGGGCGCCGCCUACUACCAGCCGCCGCCGCCCUACCAGCACGACCCCUACGCCACGUCGCCAGGAGCCUUACUACGCGGGCGGCGAGUGGGGCGCCGCCUACUACCAGCCGCCGCCGCCCUACCAGCACGACCCCUACGCCACGUCGCCAGGUGAGCCGCCCACACACGCAGCUAGUCACAGCGGGGCGCCCUACCAGGAGCCUUACUACGCGGGCGGCGAGUGGGGCGCCGCCUACUACCAGCCGCCGCCGCCCUACCAGCACGACCCCUACGCCACGUCGCCAGGUGAGCCGCCCACACACGCAGCUAGUCACAGCGGGGCGCCCUACCAGGAGCCUUACUACGCGGGCGGCGAGUGGGGCGCCGCCUACUACCAGCCGCCGCCGCCCUACCAGCACGACCCCUACGCCACGUCGCCAGGUGAGCCGCCCACACACGCAGCUAGUCACAGCGGGGCGCCCUACAGGAGCCUUACUACGCGGGCGGCGAGUGGGGCGCCGCCUACUACCAGCCGCCGCCGCCCUACCAGCACGACCCCUACGCCACGUCGCCAGGAGCCUUACUACGCGGGCGGCGAGUGGGGCGCCGCCUACUACCAGCCGCCGCCGCCCUACCAGCACGACCCCUACGCCACGUCGCCAGGUGAGCCGCCCACACACGCAGCUAGUCACAGCGGGGCGCCCUACCAGGAGCCUUACUACGCGGGCGGCGAGUGGGGCGCCGCCUACUACCAGCCGCCGCCGCCCUACCAGCACGACCCCUACGCCACGUCGCCAGGUGAGCCGCCCACACACGCAGCUAGUCACAGCGGGGCGCCCUACCAGGAGCCUUACUACGCGGGCGGCGAGUGGGGCGCCGCCUACUACCAGCCGCCGCCGCCCUACCAGCACGACCCCUACGCCACGUCGCCAGGAGCCGGACUACGCGGGCGACGAGUGGGGCGCCGCCUACACCAGCACGACCCCUACGCCACGUCGCCAGGUGAGCCGCCCACACACGCAGCUAGUCACAGCGGGGCGCCCUACCAGGAGCCUUACUACGCGGGCGGCGAGUGGGGCGCCGCCUACUACCAGCCGCCGCCGCCCUACCAGCACGACCCCUACGCCACGUCGCCAGUGACUGGCGAGGGCGCGGCGGGGGCGGGCGGCGCGGCCGAGCUGCCGCUCCCGCCCAUGUCGUCGUUCCGGGCGGCCGCGCCGCACCACUCGCCCACAGACCCCAUGCUGGUGGGCAAGCCGGCGCUACAGCCUAUGUACCCUGGCGGCGCGGCCAGUACGCCGGCCGGCGGCGUGGCGGGCGGCGCGGAAGGCGGCAGCUUGUCCUCGUACGGCUCGUCGCCGUCCACGCCGGUGCACUCGCCGCCGCCGCUGCACCCGCGCCUGUAUCCGCUCAAGCACUCGCCCGCGCUGCACCACCAGCACCACAACGGACAGGUGAGGAUGGCUACUUCUGGAUGGGUACCCGUCUCACGCCCCCCGCGCGCCCCCAGCCCCGGCAGCCUGUCCUCGUACGGCUCGUCGCCGUCCACGCCGGUGCACUCGCCGCCGCCGCUGCACCCGCGCCUGUAUCCGCUCAAGCACUCGCCCGCGCUGCACCACCAGCACCACAACGGACAGCAAUCGAACUGGGUGUCAUCAGGAGUGUCGUCGCCGGGAGCCGCGUCCGCCUUGCCGCAGCACCUGCCCAACGGGCAUCACGUGGCCGUCUACCCGCCGCCCAAUAUGGGCGCGCCGGCGGAGCAACGACAGCUGGACGAAGCGAUGGUGUUCCUCCGAGAGCACUCCGAUGUAGUCGGAGCGCGGAUGGAGGAGAGACUAGACGACGCGAUCAACGUGCUACGCAACCACGCGGAGGCUUGCGACCUGUACGCGCCCGAACAUUUGCCGCACCAGCCCGCGCCAGUUUCGCGGCUGAGCGCUGGAGGCGCGGCGCUGGCGCACGCGCACACAGAACCGCCUGUCAAGAUGGAGCGCCACGUGCUGCCAAGCAAUAAGAAACGCAAAGAGCCCCCGGACUCCGGCCUGGACAGCAAGCCGUCGUCGUCGGGCUCCGCCGACCUCGCCAAGCCGCCUGGCAACAAGCGCGCGCGCAGAUACUGUUCGUCCGCCGACGAGGACGACAUGGACCCCGACACGAAGGCCGCGCGCGAGAGAGAGCGGCGGCAGGCUAACAACGUGCGAGAGAGGAUAAGGAUAAGAGAUAUAAACGAGGCGCUGAAGGAGCUCGGGCGUAUGUGCAUGACGCACCUCAAGAGUGACAAACCGCAAACUAAGCUCGGCAUCCUCAACAUGGCUGUGGAAGUCAUUAUGACGCUGGAGCAGCAAGUUAGAGAACGUAACCUGAACCCGAAAGCAGCGUGCCUGAAGCGGCGCGAGGAAGAAAAAGCGGAGGAGGCGCCCAAACUGUUGGCGCCGCUCACGCACUACCAGCCCAUGCCGGGCAUGGGCCAGCUACCAGGUCAGCCGCCCACGGGCGGGCCGCAGCAAUAGCGAACAUGUUCCCGCCCCGCGCACGCCCCGCCUAUGCCCCGCUGCACGUAGGCCGAACGCCCCGCGGGGAGUACACGUGACCAUUGCGGCGACGAUUCAAGCUUCGGUUGGUGAAGUGAGACUCGGAUGUGAAACUAGUAUCAUGGAGUUGUACUCAAGUGUGAAACCAGUUUCAUGAAGUUGUACUCAAGUAUGAAUCUAGUAUUGAGUGGUACUCAAGUAUGAAACCAGUUUCAUGGAGUGGUACUCAAGUAUGAAACCAGUUUCAUGAAGUUGUACUCAAGUAUGAAACUAGUAUCAUGGAGUGGUACUCAAGUAUGAAACCAGUAUCAUGAAGUUGUACUCAAGUAUGAAUCUAGUAUCAUGAAGUUGUGCUUAAGUAUGAAACUAG